CUAAGUAUAACGUUACUGUACUAGGGCUGGUCUGGAUGCCACAAAAAAUGGCAUAACAAGCCGUUUUCCCCAGAAAAGUUGCCAAAAUCGAAAUAACGUUAACGUUAUUGUAGCGCGGGACAUGCCAGACUGAACGUGUUGGACGAGAUGGAUCAAGGAGGAGGGGCGGCAGCGGGUUGGCCGGCAGGCUACACAUACGGCCAUCACACGGUCGCGUACGAUGCCCCGGAAGUGGUGGCCCACAACUGCGCGAGGUCGUCCUCGUCCGACGUGUACACGUUGGGCGUGGUGCUGGGGGAGAUUGCUACCCGAUGUCUGCCCUACUGCCAGUGGGUAGCCACACACGGACACGUCGCCACCGACGUCCGGAUCGUUCAGAACUUGGAGAAGUCGCCAGUGGUCACUCCACAUGGAGAUCGAUUCAAACACGAUUUGGUUCCCACGGGGUUUCAAGCGUUGGUGGCCAACUGUUUGCAACGAGAUGUGUUGAAGCGCCCGUUGGCGGUUAACGUCGCCGACGAACUCAGUGCCAUGAUUGCAAUACCCACUCCAUAACAUCAAAGGGGGGCUCCUCGGCCUGGUUCGCUUCGCUCCCGGCCUCCGGUGCUCCCAACCUUUCGAUAGAUCAUUCCUGUUAUAUUGAGUCGACUCGCGGGCGAACGGGCCUGGUUCGCUACGCUCCCGGCCCUGGCCUAAGCUCGCUCCUAAGCGUUCUGGAUAUAGAAUAUUGUAUGUACUUGUAUAGGGAUAUUAUCAGAUAUACCCAUAACUCCUAGUCCUAAUUUCAAUUAUUGCGAUCAA